GGAGGGAGAGGCAGAGGAAGAGAGAUGCUGCACCUGUGCACAAUCACCUGAGUAGAGGAAGAGGAACUUUUAAAGAACAAGAAAGAGAGGAAUUAAAAAGAGCUUGUCAGCAUGGCAGGACAGUUUCAUAUCUGAAAGAAUCUCCUUCAGGCAGCUCGUCGUCCACAAGGUCAGUGCCUCCCCCCCUCCCCCAGUCUGUGUUGGUGCCAUGGCUGACUCAAGCUGGUGGAAGCUAACCUUCUCACGUAAGAAGAAGUCUGAAUCCAAGGUUCUGUAUGAGAUUCCAGCAGAGUAUGGCAGUAACAAUGGGAACAAGGAGCACUCAAGCACCCCUCCAGACCACAUGGACAGCCAGAUCAAUGCAAGACUGGAGAAGAUCGUAGAUAAAUCUGCCGCCAAGGGCCGCCAUGUGAAGGUCUCCCACUCUGGCCGCUUCAAGGAGAAGAAGAAGGUCCGAGCCACGCUGGCCGAGAACCCAACUCUAUUCGCGGAGCACAACCUCAGUGACGAGAAUCAUAAAAAGAAGACUGACAAAUGACAAAAUGCUCAUACUUGAUCAUGAAUGUGUCAUAAAUCUGUGUCACACUUACAAAAGCUUUAAAAAUGGAUUCAGAAUUGCCCAAACACCACCACACCCAGGCAGAUACAGCAACCAAUGAACUCGCUCCUAAACAAACAACUCAAAUCAGAAAACAAACUUUUAGAUGCUCAUUGGGACCAGUUCUGAAACCAUUUUAUUUUUCUGAUAUAAAAUAUUUUAACCCAAUUUCAACUGUACAUUAACUUUCUUGUGCCCACACUAUUUUAUAUGUUCAGAAAUUACAUGACUGAGAUGAAGAAAAAGUCAAACUCAACCUUAUUCAUCUGCACAAUUUUACAGCAACAUUAUUGUAAUUGUUUUGUAUUGUUAUUAGUAAUAUAUAAGGGGCUUUUUUGAUUUUUAUGUCUUGCAAAAUCAAGUGAAGAUGCAUCAAUUCAACAAAUGCAAGUUCAGUUUUUAUUAUAAUUUUAUGACUGAAGGAAAUAAAGACUUGAUUUUAAAGGCUGUGUGACACAUUGUGGUGGAUACUCCACAUGAAGUGGUCCCAGGAAGUAUUAAGCUCUUUGACUUCAAAACGUCACCGAAAAUAUAUUUUAAAA